CCUUGUUCAUUUCAGCACCAGAAAGCGACCAUCCCGAUUGUAGUGGUGGUACCUUGGAUAUCAGCGGUCUAACCAUGCAAAGCGAACCAAGCCGACAAACGGUCAAAGGAACGACGAUGCUACGAGAAACGACGCGACUUCCUGCCCUGUGUACGAGCUGUCGUUGCUGGGUGAUAUAUUAGAAAAAAUACCGGACGUAGUAGCCUAAUACGCGCGUGGAGCAACAUCAGCAGCAGAAGCAUCUCAUAGAUUAUUACUCAAACAAAACAAAAAAAAGGACCUUGUCAGGACUACAGUGUCGUGGGACCCCUUGGAGAAGGGAGGGGUGUGAGUAUACCCUUACAGGAGAAAAAGACGGUCCCUUUGUUUACAUCAGGAUGGAUGCGAGGAUGCGGCGGUGUAAAGCAGUGGAGAUUACACUCCUCAUAUGGAUACUGAACGUGUUUCCGAAAAACGACGUGGCGCGCGCUGCAUCCCAGCGGUGUGAUGAGGUCCUGGCAAGUCCUCUCCCCUACAGCGCCUUCAGCAGCUCUUCCGUGUUGGCGCCUGAUUUUGGCGCCGGCUACGCUAAACUCAACCGCAGAGUCGGGAACGGAGGUUGGUCUCCGCUGGACUCUGACAGGUAUCGAUGGCUGCAGGUGGACCUACGGGGCAGGAAACAGAUCACAGCCAUUGCAACGCAGGGUCGAUACAGCAGCACCGACUGGACUAAACAGUACCGGCUGCUCUACAGCGACACAGCAACUAACUGGAAGCCUUAUAGGCAGGACGGCAACAUAUGGACAUUUACAGGUAACUGGAACUCGGAGCGAGUGGUGCGUCAUGAGCUGCAGUACGCCAUCGUGGCCAGAUAUCUGCGCUUUAUUCCCUUGGAAUGGAGCACAGAAGGGCGAGUCGGGAUGAGGGUGGAGGUCUACGGCUGCGCGUUCUGGGCCGACGUGAUCAGUUUCGACGGACAGGGGGUAAUCUCCUACCGUUUCCGACAGAAGAAGAUGAAGAUCCUGAAGGACGUUAUCUCGUUGAGGUUUAAGACCAGUAAAGGAGACGGGCUUCUGCUCCACGGAGAGGGACAGCAGGGCGAUUACCUCACGAUGGAGCUACGCAGGGCCAAACUGCUGCUACAGAUCAAUCUGGGUAGCAAUCAGUAUGGCUCCAUCCAGGGUCACACCUCCGUGUCCAGCGGCAGCCUGCUGGACGAUGACCAUUGGCACGCCGUGCGGAUCGAGAGAUACCGCCGCAGCGUGAACUUCACCCUGGAUGAGCACACGCAGAGUUUCCGAACCAACGGCGAGUUUGACCACCUCGACCUAGACUACGAGAUCAGUUUCGGAGGAAUGCCUGCAUCAGCCAAGCCCAGUUCAGGAGCUCCGCAGAACUUCAUCGGCUGCAUGGAGGACAUCCACUACAACGGGGACAACAUCACCAGCCUUGCACGCAGGAAAAGAGUCGACACGUCCAGCUUUCGUAACCUGACGUACACGUGCGGAGCCUCGCCGACGUUCCCAGCCUUCUUUAACUCCAGCAGCACUCUGCAGCUGCCGGGCCGCAGCGACGCAGACACCGUGUCGGUGAGCCUGCGGUUCCGCACCUGGAGCCCCAGCGGCCUCCUUAUGUUCACUCCUCUAAUGCCCGGCGGAGUCGAGGUCAGCCUGGUGGAGGGCAAAGUAGUGGUACAUAUCUACAUCUCAGGGGGAAAGAACACACGGGUGGACAUCUCCUCAGGUUCCGGCCUCAAUGACGGCCAGUGGCACAGUGUUCAAUUCCUGGCACUAGAGAGCGCCGCGAUACUCACCAUCAACGGCGAUGAGACGUCGUCCGUCAGAGCCACGCUCCCCAUUCAGAUCCGCACAGUUGGAGAUUACUACUUUGGAGGCUAUUUUCCACGGACGGACCUCUCGCCAUCUCAGCGCUCCUUCCACGGCUGCAUGCAGUUCAUCCACGUGGACGAGCAGCUGGUGGACCUGCACGCCGUAGAGCAGGGCGUGAUUGGAAGUUUCGAGAAUGUCAGCCUGGACAUGUGUGCCAUCAUCGACAGGUGCGUCCCGAACCCCUGUGAGCACGGAGGCCGGUGUUCUCAGACUGGAGACGUGUUUAAAUGCGCCUGCGAUGGAACUGGAUACACCGGCGCGACCUGCCACACAUCGGUCUACGAGCAGUCAUGCGAGGAGUACAAGCACCUGGGCCGACGCUCCGACUCAUACUGGAUCGAUCCGGAUGGGAGCGGACCCCUCGAACCCUUUAAAGUCAUCUGCAACAUGACGGGUGAUAAAGUGUGGAUGACGCUGAUGAACGAUCUGCCGGCUCAGAGUGCAGUGAACUCAGCAUCUGCUCCUGAACAGGGAACUGUACUGAAUGUACUGAAACUCAGUUACAACGUGUCUACAGAGCAGAUCAACGCCAUCACCAGCACUGCAGAGCACUGCGAGCAGUACGUAGCCUACAUGUGCCGAAUGUCCCGCCUCCUCAACUCCCCAGACGGCCCGGCGUACACCUGGUGGGUCGGUCGCAGCAACGAGAAACACUUCUACUGGGGCGGCUCAGGGCCGGGAAUCCAGAAAUGCGCCUGCGGCAUCGAGCGCAACUGUACCGACCCAAACUACUACUGCAACUGCGACGCAGACCAGAGACAAUGGCGUGAGGACGCAGGUGUGCUGAUGUACAAGGACCAUCUCCCCGUUACUCAAGUGGUCGUCGGAGACGCCGAACGCUCCGGAUCCGAGGCCAAGCUUACCGUAGGCCCUCUCCGCUGCCAAGGAGACCGAAACUUCUGGAACGCCGCGUCUUUCAUCACUCCAGCCGCGUACCUGCACUUCCCCACGUUUCAAGGCGAGGCCAGCGCCGACAUCAGCUUCUACUUCAAGACCUCGUCUUCGCACGGCAUCUUUCUGGAAAACCUCGGCAACGCCGACUUCAUUCGCAUCGAACUGAAAUCUGCUAACGUGGUCUGCUUCUCCUUUGACGUGGGGAACGGGCCGGUGGAGCUGAGCGUGCGCUCACCGACGGCCCUCAACAACAACCAGUGGCACAGGGUGGAGGCCGAACGCAACGUGAAGGAAGCCGUACUGCGACUGGACAAAGCGUACAGAGACGUGCGUCUGGCCCCGCCCCAGGGCCACACCCGUCUCCAGCUCUUCAGUCAGCUCUUCAUCGGCGCCUCAGGAGGGCAGAGGGGAUUUCUCGGAUGCAUCCGCUCGCUCAGGAUGAACGGCGUGACCCUUGACCUGGAGGAGAGAGCCAAGGUGACUCCAGGAGUGAAGCCCGGCUGCUCGGGUCACUGCCCUAGCUACGGCGCGCGCUGCCAAAAUGGAGGCAAGUGUGUGGAGAAAUAUAACGGCUACACGUGCGACUGCAGCCUCACGGCCUUCGACGGACCCUUCUGCUCUGACGAUGUGGGCGGGUAUUUCGAGAGCGGCACGUUGGUCCGCUACGACUUCAUGUCUGGCAGCAUCUCGUAUCCUGCGGUGAAGGGCACUUUAGGAGCUCUGAGUGUGGAGGGAAACCUGACGCAGGAGGAGCUCAGCUUCAGCUUCAGCACCUCUCACGCCCCUUCCGUCCUGGCCUACAUCAGCUCCAGGACUCAGGAUUAUCUGGCGGUGGUGCUGCGGCACAACGGUACUCUGCAGAUCCGCUACAACCUGGGCGGGCUGAAGGAGCCUUUCGUUAUCAGCCUUGAUCACCGCAACGUAGCCAACGGUCAGCCGCACAGCGUCAACAUCAGCCGGCGCGACAGACUCGUUCAUCUGCAGUUAGAUCAUUACCCCACCAUGAGUUACUCCCUCCCUGAAGCGUCGGACACCGAGUUCAACCUGAUCAAGACCAUUUUCCUCGGAAAAGUCUUCGAAACGGGUCAGGUAGACAGCGUGCUCAUAGAGCGUUAUAACACUCCAGGCUUCGUCGGCUGCCUCUCCAGGGUGCAGUUCAACCGCAUCGCGCCUCUGAAAGCGGCGUUGAGACCGAGCGCUCCGUCCACCGCUUCCGUUCAGGGCGUGCUGGUGGAGUCCAACUGCGGCGCUUUACCGCUCACCAUCCCCGCCAUGUCGGUGACCUUCAACCCCUGGCAGCCCGAAUCAGCUGGAAUCCAGUUCCCUUUCGAUGAAGAGGGGGUGAGCCGGGAUGGGGUGAACCGCGACUCGGCGAUAAUCGGAGGCAUCAUUGCGGUCGUAAUCUUCUCCAUCCUCUGCACGCUGGUGUUCCUGGUGCGCCACAUGUUCCGCCACAAGGGCUCGUACCACACCAACGAAGCAAAGGGGGCGGAGUCAGCGGACUGUGCUGACGCCGCCAUCAUCGUGAACGACCCUGCCUUUACAGAGACCAUCGACGAGAGCAAGAAGGAAUGGUUUAUUUAAGCCCCCGGUGCAUGAGAAAAAGGGGGAGUUACAUACACAGAGACGCAUCACGAGACCAACAUUAACUCUCAGCGUGUGUGUGUGUGUGUGUGUGUGUGUGUGUGUGUGUGUGUGUGUGUGUGUGUGGCAUCAUACAGACUCCAGGAGGAAGUGAAGUGUGUUUACUGAUGGACAGGACACUGCCCGGGAAUUACGCUGUAUAUAAAGUCUCACUUCAUCCGGUUCACUACAUAGAGACAAAACAUCUUUCUGCUUUUCAUGGACUGACAAAUGGAAGCAACCGGAAGCCUCCAUCAGAACGGUGGACAGCCUUCUUCUGAGAGUCUUCUUCACAAACCCCAAGAGCAUAACGGAUAUUGGUGUUACAGAUGAUGACGUGUGAUUGUAUGUCAGUAUGUUUUCAGCGAUACAGCACAGUAGCAUGGGACACGAAUGCCGUUCCACACUGUUACAGCAGCUCCUGCGUACUUUAUGUUCUUUGUGUUCUGUAGCUGUGUUCAUUCCCUCUGUGUGUGUGGUGUGUGUGUGUGGGUGUGGAUGUGUGGGUGUGUGUGUGUAAAUGUGAUUUAUUCCAUCCCCUCGUUUGGAAAACGGCCUUCAGGAAUCUUUCAUCCAGCCUGGUUAAUACUGAAUGUUAGAAAUGAUCGUGUCAGAAGCAGGAAGUGCUUGGUUCAGGUUUGUUGAUGUUCCUGAGAGAUUUAACUCGGCGUCUCCAACCAUUAAAGGAACAAUCCACUCUUCUCCAUUUUACAGUUUCAAAAGUGUUUGUUUGUUUGGUUUUAUUUGAUUUGAUUUGUUUGUUCUACAGAACCAUAAUGACAUCCUUUCAAAAGACACCUUUCUUUCUGUCUUUAUCUGUCUAUCUAUAUAUCUAUCUAUUUAUUUAUCUAUAUAUCUAUCUAUCUAUUUAUCUAUCUAUUUAUUUAUUUGUGUGCUUAUUUUUUAUUUAUUUGUUUUCUUUCUUUCUGUCUUUAUUUAUCUGUUUGUUUGUUUGUUUGUUUAUGUAUCUAUUUAUUUAUUUACUUAUUAGAAUUGAUUUGUUUUCCUUUCCUUCUGUCUUUAUUUCUUUAUUUCUUUAUUUAUUAUUUAAUUUGAAUUUAUUUAUGUUUUCCUUUCUUUCUCUUUGUAUUUAUUUAUUUAUGUUUAUUUUAUAUGUCUAUAUCUAUCUGUCUGUCUAUCUAUUUUAUGUUUUCUUUCUUUCUGUUUUUAUUUAUCUGCUUGUUUGUUUGUUUAUUUAUGUAUCUAUUUAUUUAUUUACUUAUUAGAAUUAAUUUGUUUUCCUUUCCGUCUGUUGUUAUUUAUUUAUUUAUUUAUUUAUUUAUUUAUCUAUUUAUGUUUCCCUUUCUUUCUCUUUUCUGUCUUUCUUUCUUUAUUUAUUUAUUUAUUUAUUUGUGUUUAUUUAAUUAAUUAAUUUGAAUUUAUUUAUGUUUUCCUUUCUUUCUCUUUGUAUUUAUUUAUUUGUUUAUUUUAUAUGUCUUUAUCUAUCUGUCUAUCUAUUUUAUGUUUUCUUUCUUUCUGUCUUUAUUUAUCAACUUGUUUGUUUGUUUAUUUAUGUAUCUAUUUAUUUAUUUACUUACUAGAAUUGAUUUGUUUUCCUUUCCUUCUGUCUUUACUUAUUUGUUUCCCUUUCUUUCUCUUUUCUCUUUCUUUCUUUCUUUAUUUGUGUUUAUUUAUUUAAUUAAUUUGAAUUUAUUUAUGUUUUCCUUUAUUUCUGUCUUUAUCUAUCUAUCUUAUCUAUCUAUCUAUCUUAUCUAUCUAUUUAAUUAUUUUCGUUGUAAAAAAAAAAGUAAGACACAGUGCCAAAAUGACUUUUCAGAGGAUACAGAAAUGAAUAAAUAACUUUGUUUGUUUGUUUA